AUGUCCGACAACACAUACCUUCUCAAGUCGCCUCGCUUCGACAUCGAUGAGGAGCCCGGCGACUGCCAUGCAUCCUCUGGCCAGCAAUGGGUCGGUGCAUUCGAGAGAGUGCUUGGUGACCGCGAGAGUCUCGCAAACGAACGUCCUUCUCGAGCCAUCGCGAAGCCGGUACCUUCCACUAACCCUGUCAUUGGCGCUCGCGAUGCUAGGUCGCUGUCUACACGAGCUGCCACUUUCGAUGAUCUCACCACCGAGCUAUCUCGAUCUACCAUCGUCUCCCGCUCUGCAAGUGCACACUCCAGCAGCCAUGGCUCGCCUUCCUUCCACGCCGUCACAUCGUCAGAAACUUCGUCGUUGCAUCCGGCCCUCAGCGAUAACCUGUCCAUCCAGAGUCUCCCUGUAGGCAUCUCUUCCGAAGCCGACUAUAAUGGCGGAUCACUCACCCGCUUCCGCACCAACUCAUCCAGUGGAAGCGUCUCGCUCGUCUCUCUGCCGCCCUCAUCUGCCGCAUCUACGCACAAUGCCUCGUCCAACACCAGCUUUGGCGCUUCCUUGCAGCCCCAUAACAAGCCUAUGCCUUUGCCACUUCACAUCGGACCACCUCAGCUCAAUGACACAGCAGAGCUCAAAGUUCACUUCCAGGGUCCCUCUCACGUUUCCAUCAACGUCCAGGACUGUCUCCGGUUCGAGCAAAGCUACGUCAACCAUGCACCAUGUGUACACCACAUUAUGGUCACCAACCGCAGUACAGACUGUAGCGCUGUUGUUCGUCUCGAGUCCGACCUUCGUCAAGGACUGACGUUCAUGCGUCGUAAGCGAUCGGCACCUCACAACGAGUUCGAGCCUGUCGCCUGGCCGUCCAACAGCAUCUCUUGGGCCAAAAAUGGUGGCUUCGUUCCUUCAAAUCUUCGAGGCUGGAGGCAUGUGCUAGCCAACCUGGAAAAUGCGGACUCGUUCAUCUUGGAGCCUAGUCAGACCACCAAGGUCUAUGUUGUGCUGCGUCCGGCCGACUUUGUCGAAGAGGCUGAAGCGGAUCGUGCAAAUCACAGCUGGCCGUACAGGAUACCACCAUCGCCAUCGGGUGCAGCUUCGUCAAGUAGGCUCGGCGAUUCCACAGCCACGGUUGGCCAACAGCCUGGUCGCUCGGAUUACAGCCGUGUUCUCUCGCCUGUCUCGACUCCAGCCGCUUUUGGUGAGCAGCAGGGUAGCUUCAGUGCUGCAGUUUCGGAUCAGGAGAGUACGGGUAGUAUGACCGAAGAGCUCGGUCUCACGUCGCCUCACUCAGCGCCUGAAUUGCAUGCUUCGCGCUCUGCAUCGCGCUCACAGCCAGCCAGACCAUUGCAUCCUGCCUUUGGUCUGCGCGGCACCAUCAGCCUUUCAAGCUGGAUGUUGCAGGCCGUUGACAGUGGAGAUGAGACUGAUGCUGAUCCGUCCCUUGCACCAGCACAUGCACAGAGAACCACUCAGCCUUCGUCUUCGACUACGCCAUCAGCCUCUUCGAGACCUACUUCCAUGUACGGCUCGCAAGCGGUCCCUUCCUCCGUCGCCUCGUCCGCCAUCUCUGCUCUGCAGUCACAGCCUGACGAGCGAGAGGUGCAAAAGAUCCGCAUACCUGUCGCUGCUCAGUGCUGUCGACCUUUCAUCGACGCCGCAAUCACCUCCAGCGCUGCUCUGGAUCUCAAUUCCUCGACGCAGACUAGUCACGGCUCCGCCAUCUAUCUCGACUUUGGCGAUGUCAUUGUCGGACAAACACAUUCGCAGAACCUGACGCUUCGCAAUUUGUCCGAAAUCGACUGCUUCUGCCAGGUGAAGCUCGAAGAGGCCGACAACAUGCUGCAGACACCGCCGAUCAGCUUGGUGCAGGCUGACACCGACGAGACAUUGCCAUCCGUCUGGGCCGGUGAUCAGGAGGCCAUGUCUUACAACCCUCUGAUACUGGUCCGGCUCGAGUCCAAGCAAAUCAAAGUCUCGCUCAAGCCCCAAGAGCCUUGUCGUGACUACGAGCAGGUCUUGACCAUUACCUCGUUGCACAAUAUGGCCAACAGCAUUCGCGUGGUGAUUCGUGCCAACAUGCUCGGUACUGCCAAGGACGACGCUCUAUCCGUCCUCUCCGGCGAUUACCUCGACUUUGGCGACUGCUAUGGAGGGCAUUGGACUAAGCAGCUGCUCGUGCUGAAGAACAAUGCUGAUGUGCUGCUUGACGUGUCUUUUGGCGUGCAGAAGGACUACCAGGUCAUGUUUCAGCUUGCCGAACUGGCACCACAGGCUGAAGACGACACUCCUGAUCAGGAGGAGCUUCCACCGAGCUCACACGUCAGCGAGAUCUCGCUCUCAUCUGCUAGCACGGAUGAUCACAGUCGCAUGUCGUCCGUCGCAGAGAGCAGCAGUGCUGGCUUUGGAGCUGAUGGCGCUUCAAGCGCAUACGAGCACUGCCGACAGUCCGACGCUAGAGGAGAGCACGCUGCCACGGCUUCGGAGCUCGCCAAGACGCCUACGCAUCAUGCACACGUGCCCAAGGGAUCUGCUGCAUUAGAGCCACCAAUUUUGGAGCUUCCAGCAGCCGAUAGCGAUGCGACGUGCGACUUGCUGCGUGGUCGAAGAGGAAGUGCACAGACAGACGAAGAUGGCGUUGAUGCCUCGUCGGUUGCUUCUCAGGCCGGGUCAAGGUCGAACUCACCCGUGCGACCAGCUUCACACCCACCGCAGCAGCCACCAGUAGGAACUGACCUUGCGUCGUCUGCUGCAGAAGCUGCGCGAUCUAGCAAGGGCGAGGCACCGCAUCUGCACUUGAUGGAUCGAGUUUACUCAGGCCGAGCCCCGUCGCUUGCCUCGGCGGCCAGUGACUUUGACCAGGCCAGUGUGUCGACCAAUCCACACAGCCAGAACUCAUUCGGCUUUGCUUCACGACCUGCCUCGCGUGGCCGUCCUAUCGAGUCGGAGCGUAUUGACGAUGUCAACUCAGUACGCUCGGUGCACACGGCACUCUCGCAGGACAGCCGUCCAGGCCCAUACCCUGCAAGCUCAUCGAAUACUGGGUCGAGCGCUUCGGCAAGGAAUCAGCAUCGGAAUAACGGUGUCGGUGCCGCUCUAUCAGGUCUACGCAACGUCGAGCAUGCUCAGAGCAACCAGCUCGAGGAGCUGGUGUUGCGGCCAGGUGGAGAGUACCGCGUUUUCGUCUCAUACCGACCCGAGCGUGUGGCUUGGGACGCAGACUUCAGCGGCGGUCGUCUCGUAGAGAAGACCUUCCGCAUUUCGCUCGACUAUUCUCGUGCUCGACUUGCGAAUAUGCGAAGUCGCGGAGGUCGCGAGAGAAGGACGGUUGUCUGUCAUAGCCGCACCUGCACUUCCUUCAUCUCUAUCAGCCCCAAGAUGAUUGAUCUUGGCGAGGUGCAAGUUGGUACACGCAAGUCUGCCAACAUCUCGGUCACCAACCGUUCCGAGCUUACAGCGCGAGUAGAUCUGCGCUUCAUCUCGAAAGUGCUAAGCAUGUAUCGUGACGAGGUGGCCAUCCCUGCGCUGCAGACGAUCGAGCUCAAGGUCGAGUCGUUCCCUCGCAGAGUCAACGAGACGUACAGAAAGCAAAUCACCGUUGCCAACUUGCUCAACCGUCAAGGUGAUCAGAUCUUUGAAGUGCGGUCGCGCAAUGUGGACAAGCAGCGCAUCAGCUUCCAUUCGCUCUUCUAUCGCAUUUUGACACCUACAGGAUCCAACUACGUCGACUUUGGCGAUGUCAACAUCAAUUCGAUGCGCAUGAGGACGUUCACGAUCGAAAACAUCUCGAACAAGAAGCUCUCGCUCGAGCUGAGUCCUGCUCAUCCUGAGGAUGUGACGCUGUACAUCAAGGCUCCUCCUGCCGAUACUGGACGCGAAAGCAGUCCAAGGCUGGAAGCCAAGACUGGUUCCAGCAAAUACAGCGAGGCGCAGCUGACUGAAGUGCAAGGUCCUGGUGCAGAGGCAGCGGAAGGGGCUAACGCUGCUGCUCCGAACGGUACUUCAACCAAGAUCAAGUCAAGCAAGCCCUCAAUGAAAGGUGCCGAUCUGAAAGAGCGUUUCCUUGAGACCAUCUCUGUCGACUCUCCCACUUCCGUUCGCACCGAGAACGCGUCUUGGAGGUUGGCACAGAAGCACAGCCACUAUCGCAAAAAGGAGGAUGGCAGUGUCGCAUCCACGCAGAGAAAGGCGAAUGUCUCUGGCAAGCCCAAACCCGCCAUCAACAUGGUAUCAGCGCUCAAGAAGGGAGGCAAAGGCAGAAUCACAGUCAGCUACGGCAAGACGAUCACGUUCAAGGAUCGCACGCUCAUCAGCGACUUCGAGUAUCUCGACCUUGCUUCUGGUCAGCCUGUUGACGCACGCCGUAUCCCAGCCAAGAGCAAGAAGUAUGCGCUCCUCGAGAACAUUACCACUGGUGGCAAACCGAAGAGCCUUGGUCAAGCUACUGGUGCCAGCAAGCAUGCAGCACAGGAUGAUGAGACCGGAAACAGUGUUGGCGGAAACGGCAAAUCCAAGUCGAGCGGGAAGACCAAGUCGAGCCUCGCUGCGAAGGAGAAGGCGAGCGAGACACGAUCGGAGACUGGGAGCGGUUCUCUUUCGCCCAAUCUCUCCGCGUCGAAAGCUGGAUCCUCCAUGCCUCGGCUUCCUUCGCCUUUGGCCAACGACAUCAUUGCCCAUGAUGCUAAGCGACGCACUGCCUCUGUAGUGAAGGAGUCUGCACGUCAAGCCACUGCUUCCAGCACCGGUAGCAAGUCUCAACCCGCUUCAGCUAUCCGUCAUCAUGGUAAGAGCUCGAAAGAAGGCAAGGUGGGCGAUUCUGCAGCUCGUGUCCACUUCUCGCCUGCACUGACCGGCAAGCGCAAAGCGCCGCCAGUGCUCUCGAACCCAGUCGACGUCUCACGCAUGUCUCUCGAAGACCUCCUGGCCGCUGUCGAAGCACAAACGAGCAUGCUCAGCACCUUCUUCCUCGGCAGUCCCGAAGCAGAAGAGCAAUUCGUUCGCGCCGAGAUCAACCUUCGACGAGAGUUGCAGAGUUCCAUCGACUCCGGAAAGCUCAUCCCGCUCGAAGUGUUAGAGGUGGCACCGCAUUCCGAAGGUCAAGUGAUUGCAGUCUACCACCCGAGCGGCAGCACACGACCUCACAUCCAAGGCAAUGCGCGAAAGCAAGACUCGCGCAUCUUCAUGCGUCUCAUUGAUUUUGACAUGAAUGUGGUUCGACAGUCGGAAGAGUUCUCAGGUAUGGCAGAGCUCGAAGCGGAUGAGCUGCCUGUUCGUGAUCUCAUGCUUCGCAGCAACACGUGUCGCAGCUUGCUCGAGCUCGGUCAGCCGCACAUCAACUUUGGUCAUAUGGAGAAGGGUGAUUCGAAAACACGCAAGAUCUUGAUCCAGAACCGCAGCGAAUGGGCAUUGCGCUACUGCAUUCGCAAAUCUGGCAGCAUUGCAUCGGGUGAUAUCAAGCUCAGCUCGGGUCGAUACGGCGUUGUUCCUGGUUAUGGCAAACGCGAAGUCGAAUUUGUGUUCUCACCGUCGAUGUCAGGUCCAUUCCAAGAGAAGCUUGUCGUCGAAAACGUAGCUGAUCGGGACAAUGACCAGACUGUCGUACUCAAAGCUAAUGUCCGCAAGACGCCGAACUUCGCCGUUGACCCCAACGCGAUCAACUUUGGCGCUGUAAGUCCGGGCAAGCUUUCGACGCCGGAGAGUUUCGUGUUAACCAACACCACGGGCAAGACGAGAUCGUUUGUUAUCGCCAUCGACGGACACGAUCUGCUGCAUGCAAGGUGUCUUAUCGAUGUAGGGUUGAGUAUGGCUAGUGAUGAUGAGGUUAGAGGGACACUGAGUAAGGAAGAGGAGGAAGAGAUCGAGAAUCUGUCGCAGAAGUUAAAGAUCGCUAGUAGGAAAGGGAACGCGGAUAAGGUCAAGAAGUAUGAGGAGAGGUUGGCAGCGUUAGGUGUCAAACUUCCAAGUCUUGCCAGUGGAGCGCCGAGCGAGUCUGGCGAGAAUGCGGCAACAACGAGCGCAACGGACGCUGGCCAGCAAGCAGAUGGCGAAAAGGCAGCAGCGGCACAAUCCGAGGCUACAACCGCCGCAGACUUGACUGUUGCUGCAAGCACAACCACCACCGCAGGCAGCGUUAGUGUGGUUGUCGAAAAGCCACGAGAACUCAAACGUAUCUCGUCAACAGUCACUUGCACGCUCGGUCCAAACCAAAGCAAGCGUCUCAUCUUACGAGUUCAACCUUCUGCAGUCCAAUCUGCUAUCCCAUCCAACACGAGCGAUCCAGGUGAUCGUCGAACGCACGAUCGAUCAGGGAUGGAAGAGGUCUCCGUGCCCGUAAAGGUGCAUGAGGUGAAGAAUCAGGACGAGACAAAGACGGUGGUCCUCAUGGCGACUGUUGAGUUUGCGUUACCUCAGUGUUCCGUUAAGGCGGCGAAAGCAGGAUCAGGGACGGAAGUGGAAAAGUUCCCGGCUGAUGCGGUGGUGUUUAGCUCUUCAGAGUAA